UUCCUCCUUAAAGGACGAUUCAAUUGAAAACUUGUAAAACGUAGUUCUAAGAUUUCCAAAAACCUAGUCUAUAAAUUUUUUCUUUCUAAAAUUAAAAAAUCCCGACAACUCUCGUUUCUCUUCUGCAUCUCCGCCGACAACAAACAAGCCUAACACCACUAUUGUCGCAGCCUCGUCUUUGUCCUCCUCUUCCUCCAGUCUCUGACCCAGGCCCUCCCUUUCCUUCAAGUUUCCGAUAGAUCAGGAAACUAUUAAGCAAUUUCUGUAUUUAUAAUGGGCAGCGAUGAUUGGGGAAGUUGUUCAGACAAUGAGGAUUAUCUUCAAGACAGAAAUGAGGACGAUGAUGAAGAGGAUUGUUACUCAUCUGGGUUCUUAUCCAAAUUACAGUUUAGGAAAGAUAUCUCAAAGGCUCGAUGGGUUGAUGACUUGGCUAUGGCUGAGGUUGUUGAAAAGAAGGGUAAGAUGUGGGUGACUAUGGGGAUAGUUCGCAAUGGCAACACAUAUUGCUCCAUUGAGGAAACUCUGUUUUUGAUUGAAAUAGGGGCGUUGCACGUUUUAGAUGGAAAUGACAUACAUCUUUCUCUAAAAGAACUAUAUGAAAAGCUUUCAAAUGGGAAGAGUGGAUGCUAUUGGGAGCUCUUUGAGGUGUAUAAGCACCUAAGGUCUCUUGGCUAUGUAGUUGGGCGCCACGGUAUUCCUUGGUCUGUGAAGGGUCAACAGAUACAGUCUGGAACUUGUUCACUUGAAGGCAGUCAAGACAGUAAUGAGAUGCUAGAAAUGGAACCGAAAGACGAGAAUUCUGUCAUUGAGUUGUUCAAUAAUAUGCAGAUUACAGAUGUGAGUCCAGCUUUUAAUGUUUAUCUUCCAAACAGCAAGUUUAGAAAGUCUUCUCCAGGUGAUCCAAGUUUUGUUCUAUACAUAAGUAGGUGCAGUCCACCAUCCAGAGUAGAAAUUGAGGCCCUUGAAAGAAAGCAUGGUGCCAUCCCUUUUAAGUUUUGUCAUGUAGAAAACGGGCGUGUCAGUUUCUUCUCCUUUGCUAAGACUGAGCUUCCCGUCUUACCUUAAGACCUUUUUAUAUCCGUUGGCUCGGAUGAUACUGCAAAAGGAUUAAGAAGAUUUUUAUCUGUCGGCUGAAACAUUUCUUGAAGUUCCUAGAUUUGGGUAUGUUAAAAAGGGUGUACUUACAUCUUGAGAAUGUGUUGCCUGUGUACUUCCUGCUGGCAGGUAUUCUCCUAUCAUGUUUUCUAAUUUACAUUUAGUUACUGAUUAAGAACUUUAUCCCAGGUAUAAACAUAGUUUACUGUUGGUGUUUUUCAUUUUUAGAAUUAAGCUAAAGGUCUGAUAGGAUGUGGCUAAUCGCAAGUUGUAAAAUCUUCAUGAAAAUACUUCAGUAGUUGAAGCUUUUAUAUGAUAGUUGGAGUUUCGUUUUA